GGCGAAGCUGGCGGGUGUCUCAAAUUCUCAUAGACCUUAGACGUUCUGUCUCUACCUCGACCCGAUACCCCGUGGCUGGCUGCGACCUUGCGCUCGGUUGGACGUUUCUUGCCCCGACAUUGCUAUACCACCAUGUCUCCCCAGAGCCCCGACCUUUACCCGCCCCAUUCUGCCCAGUUCUCCAAGUCACAGCAGGACAAGUAUGACUCUGAGGAGCUUGGGAUUCCUCAGCUGAACGACGCGCCCGCCGCCGUCCCGUCAAUAUGUGGCAUGCCCCUUAAAUACGUCUCCUUGGUGACUCUGGCAGUCCAAAAUGCCCUCCUCACGAUCAUCAUGCACUAUUCACGCGUGUCGACCGCGCCGUCACGCACGUACUCCGCAGCUGCCGCUGUGCUCAUGAACGAGCUUCUCAAGGGAUUCAUUUCCCUCGUCAUCGCCUUCGUUCGGCUUGAUCGCCAAGAACAUACCCCCAGCGCCCCGAAAACCACCCUCAGUAUCUCGGGAGUGACCAUCUUCAAGACCUGCCAUCCAAGGAACUUGAUGUCCAAGUUCAGAAGGUUAGGACGAGAGGUCUUCAGUCCCGAUUGCUGGAAGCUGUCAAUCCCAUCUAUCUUAUACGUUAUCCAAAAUAAUCUCCAAUACGUUGCUGCUUCCAACUUAGACGCUGCUACCUUCCAAGUAUCUUACCAGAUGAAGAUCCUCACCACCGCUGCCUUCUCGGUGCUCUUACUACGACGAAAGCUCAGCUUCACCAAAUGGUUUGCGCUCUUACUAUUGGCCGUCGGUGUUGGCAUCGUACAGAUCCAGAGUGGUGCUGUCAAAAUCACGUCUGCAGCAUCGACUGAUGUUCAUGUCAUGCAGCCGCUCAAGGGAUUCCUCGCCGUCGCUGCAGCGUGUUUCACGUCCGGCCUUGCGGGAGUGUACUUUGAGAUGGUGUUGAAGAACUCUCCUGCGGACCUCUGGGUACGCAAUGUCCAACUGUCCCUAUUCUCGCUUCUACCCGCGCUUGUGCCCAUCAUUGCGGCGAACGCCUCUUCUCCCGUGGAAGCUGCGGCUGUUGCCAGUCAAGGAUGCUUCUUGACGAACCUGUUCCGCAACUUCGGUCCUUGGGCGUGGGCGACCGUGUUAAUCCAGGUGUUCGGUGGUUUGGUGACUGCUCUGGUCAUCAAAUAUUCCGACAACAUCAUGAAGGGUUUCGCCACAAGUUUGAGCAUCGUCAUCUCGUUCCUCGCUUCCGUGGCCCUUUUCGACUUCAGGAUUACGUUUGCGUUCACGGUCGGCUCUUUGACCGUGUUGCUCGCGACUUGGCUCUACAACCAGCCUGAUUCGUCGAACGGGAAGGGCUGGAAAUGGUCACGACCAUGCUCAUUGUGGAGGAGAUCCUCAGGUGUCAGCGUGUCCAGUGCAUCCGUUACCCCGCGGAGACCUCUUUCGCCUGUCCUCCCCACCUCGCGCUCUGCUUCCCCUGCGCCGUGGGAUCCCCAAUCGCCCGACCUGGAGAAGAAGAAGCACGGCUCUUCGCUAUCACUUUCGCACUUCAUCUCGUUCUCACAGCCUCCCCGCCAGGGCGUCAUCUCGCUCAACGACGCGCCCGAGCCCCUCAUCAGACCGCCCGCGUCCCCGCAUCAUGGAUCUACCGCGCCGCGGUCGUCUUCGCUUUCCCUGCUUCCCGGACACCCGGUGCCUGUAUCACGGACGCCACCGCCCAUGUACCAAUCACCGCGGACGUCGUUCGUGCUGGAGGACGCAUCGCCCAUCUCUCAAGCAGGGCCCGGUUCAUCAUGACAUGCCAGUGUUGAUGUUGAGGUGAUAUAGUGGAUUGAAAUGGACCUUCUUAUUACUUUACAUUCGAGUAGUCACGAACCCUUUGGACCUUCGUAUUUCACCAUUAAUAUUCGGACUAACGCGAUCGGCUGCCUUUUUAUCUGUUUUGGCCGAUCGGCGGACAACAGACUACUUCGUAUUACUUCGCCCUAGGAUGUAUUGACAUCCGUAUACCUGGACGGACAGAGCAAAGGAAAUUAUAAGAAUCUCAAACAUGAUAUAAAUGCUGC